CGUCGGAGAGCAAGCGUGUUGCGCUGUCUUGUCUCGUGUUUUCGACAAGAAAAAAAACAAUGACAGUCUAUUUCCUACUUAGCACAGUGCCACGAUGACCGAACGAUUAGUGUCCGAGAUACUGAAUAGGUUUCUAGGAACCUAUAUCGAGAACUUAGACCCAUCGAAGCUCAGGAUCAGCAUAUGGGGUGGUGAUGCUGUGCUGACUGACCUGGUCUUGAAACAGACUGCGUUUGAUGACUUGGACUUGCCUGUUAGACCAGUGUUUGGCCAUGUUGGUUGUCUGAAGUUGAAAAUACCAUGGAAGAGCUGGUACAACUCCCAGUGGAUAGCGGUGGUGGAGAAGCUGGUGAUUGUGGUGGUGCCUAAUACCACAAUCACCUACAAUGAAGAGAAGGAGAAGCAAUUGAAGCACGAGGUCAAGCUGGCCACCCUCCAGCGUCUCGAGGAGGCCAGGCAGAAGCUGAGGGAGGACGAGAAAGGUCCCCAGGCUGAGGGCUUUGUUGAGAAGCUGAUGGUGCAGGCCAUUCGUAACAUUCAGGUUACCAUCAAGGAUAUACACAUACGGUAUGAAGACUGUAUCACUAAACCAGGUUCACCCUUUGCGGCCGGACUAACUCUCCACGACCUCUCCAUGAAGAGUACUGAUGCCAAUUGGAAAGAAUGCAUCCACCAAGACAAACUCAUUUACAAGAUCAACAACUUGGACAGUCUAGGAAUUUACUGGAACCCAAAGGCAACGUUGUUUUCCCAGACGGAUCUCUCAAAGGAAGAAAUCGUGAAGAGUCUCCAGAGUAUUAUAGCGUCCCGCGAUAAUCUGCCGGCAGAAAUGCAUUACGUGAUUGGGCCAAUUCGUUCGAUGGCAAAGCUUCAGGUGAACCCCAAGCCAGAAACGGACGAGAUAAAGUUCAGCACUCCCAAGGUCCUUCUCAACUUUGUCAUGGACGAGCUUGCAAUAGGUCUUACCCGACACCAAUAUUCGGACCUCAUGGCUUUGCUGGAUUCUAUGGACAGGAUGAGGCUCUCGUCUAUGUACCGCAAAUAUCGACCCAAUGUCAUGGGAAUUAAGAAUAAUGCCCGACAUUGGUGGCAUUAUGCUUAUAAUUGCAACUUGGAAAACAUUCAGCGCAUUCAUCGCAACUGGUCAUGGAAGCGCAUCAGAGAACACAGAUGUCGGUGUCGUUCCUACAAAGCAGUCUAUAAGCUUAAGCUGGAAAGUAAGAAAUUAACUCCAGAGCAAGUUAAGGAAAUUGAAGAUGGAGAAAGGGCCCUGGAUGUCUUCAACAUCACACUAAUGCGCCGCCAAGCUGAAAUGGAGGUUGAGCGGGAGGGAGCGCUUCGUAAGCAGGAGCAACAACAGCAAAAGGGCUGGUUCGGAGGUUGGUUCUCGUGGGGCGGCCAGCAGCAGGAUGAGAAGGAAGCUGCAGAGGGGAGCUUAGUCAAGAAGCUGGAGGAGGCAAUGGGUGACGAAGAGAAGAAGAACCUGUACGAGGCCAUUGGCUACUCGGAAACCGGCAUCCCCCCAGAGUACCCAGAGGAGUUUGAGGACAUACAGCUGGAAUUCCUCUUGAAGCAGCUGGUCUUGAUUAUCAAGGACGAUGAGAAUGAAGGUGCUACAGUCACAAAGGCCAAGCUCAAUACUGUCACUUUGGAUUUGAAAAGGAGAUCGGCAGCUGAUUCUGUUAGGGUUGUCACUAGUGUGCAGAGCUUUGUGGUGGAAGGCUUUUCCACCAACGGUUCUCCUCCUGAACUGGUGACAUCAGAGGACACUUCGAAGGAGAAACCACUCCUCCAGGUGCUGUUUGAGACCAAUCCAAUGGACAAGUCGUGUGACCAGAGAGUUAAGUUGGAGGCUCAGCCCUUGCAGCUGGUGUAUGAUGCGGCUACGUUCAACCAGCUGCGGGAUGUCUUUGCACCUCCAAAGAAUAUUUCCUUGCAGCAACUACAAGCUGCAGCCCUAAACCAGUUCGAAGUGGUGAAGGAGAGAAGUGUCACCGGUCUUCAGGCUGCCAUUGAUAACCACAGUGUACUGGAUCUGAACAUUGCCAUCGCAGCUUCGCAUGUGAUUGUUCCUGAGAAAGGAGUGUAUAGCAAAGAUUGUUCUGCUGUGGUUCUGACUCUGGGUAGCAUGACUAUGAAAACAGUACCUCGAAAGAGAGAUGCUCCGGCUCUCACUGACCUGGUGACCCGAGGCAUGUCACAGGAGGAGGUCGUGGAAGUAGUCAGGUCCUCUUCAUAUGACCACUUCACUAUUGAGCUCGUAGAUACUCAGGCUGUUGUAGCCAUGUCUGGAGAAGACUGGAGAACCACUCUGAGUUCAAAGGAACCUACGCCUCUCCAUCUUCUUCAGCCGACCACUCUACAUGUGGAUCUUCUUAAGUGCCUCCUUACAGAUGACCCUAACUUGGCCAAGGUUAAGGUCAAUGUGUCCCUACCCAAUGUGACCCUUUCUAUUGUAGAUGAGCGCCUUCUUCAGCUGGCCUACAUUGCACACAGCAUACCUCAGCCAGAACAGCCGGAACAAGAGGAAGAGGAUGAAGACCACUUUGACCAGGAUACUGAUCUGAACAUGAAUGUGAUCCUAGAGGAUGCAGCCAUUGCUCGCUUGGAGAAGGUGAAACUUAACCCAGAUGGGCAGCAGCAGGACACUCCCCAGUUUACCCAACUAGAGCUCAGUUUUUCUCUGAAAGAGACAAGCCUUGAGUUAAAGAGAGCCACAGGGAAGACUUACCAACCACUGAUGAAGCUGUCAGCUUUAUCAACUAGUGUGGAAGUGGUCCAGCGCACGUUUGAUCUCACUGCCUCGGUGAUCCUUGGAGGGGUAUUGGUCCAGCAUCUGGAUGGCUGUGAUCGUUGGCUCCUAAGUACACCUCUGGCAGAGGGCAGCAGUGAAGAGGCACUCCUGACAAUCAAAUUCACUCAGGUAGACCCCAAGUGUCCCGACUUUGAGAGCAAGCACGCCUCCACCCUUCAGCUGCUCUGUGUGGAUGUUACCAAUUUGACUGCCCAGCUAGAACAAACGGCCAUCCUCAGUAUCAUAGCCUUUGCUGAGCAGCUUUCAAGUAAACUAGGGGAGGUUGCACCAACACAACCAGCUGAGGAGAAGACAGCAAUUGAACCACUGCAGAAAGUAGGGGAUGAAAUGUCAGACAAGAAAACCCAGAGUAAGCCUUUAGGCAAACUGAAAAGAAAAUCUUUAGUUAAAGGAAGGAAGAAAAAUGUAAAGGAGAUUACUACACUUCGUGUGCUGGCAAGGCUGGGCCGUGUCAGUGUAGUCAUUGGUUUGGCUAAUCGUGACGUAGCUCAAGUGGAAGUCGCAGGACUGGUGGCUAACAUUAUGAUGCAAGGGAAGGACAUAAUGAUAUCAUCGCGACUGAAAGACUUUACAGUGAUUGACCCCGGCUCAGGGGCACUCCAUCCCAAGAUUGUGGAGGUCAUGGAUGCAGAAGCCUGGGAUGCUAAUGUGAAGGUAUAUGGAGAGGCGACAGAAGGCCACAAUUAUUUGGAUAUGAAUCGUGUUAAUACAAGUGUAGCUCUGACGUUUGGUUGUGCACGGAUUGUGUUCCUGAACAAGUUUAUCAAGGAUGUGUUGAGUUGGAUCAACACCUUCCAAUCAGCCAAGGAUGCUGUAGCCUCAGCAAGUGUGGCAGCAGCAGCGGCCGCCCAGGCCAGGAUGCAAGAGGCAUAUCAGGAGUGUUCACGUGUCAGUCUUGCUCUCACACUCAGGGCUCCACUGAUUCUCAUUCCCCAAGACUCACACAGCCUCUCGGGAUUGAUGGUGGACUUGGGUGAAAUAUCCAUACGUAACAAAUUUGUGUUGGGAGAGGACAGGAAUGAGCUUGGGUACCCAUCCAUUUUUGACGAGAUGACACUGGAGCUGUAUAAUGUCAAGGUGUCAAGGGUUGUACUAUCGGCAACAGGAGUCGCAGAGCAAGAACAUGGGCUGUUACAACCCAUCUCGUUAGACAUCUCAGUCAAACGGAAUCUCACCAUAUCUUGGUACAAGAAGAAGCCAGAACUUGAGAUCCAGGCUAUGCUCAAACCAAUCAAGAUGGUCUUAAGUGAGGAGGACCUUCGUGUGACACUCAAAGUGCUACAGGACAACCUAGGGGAGCAAGGCGAUGUAUCACUCUCAGAAGUCAAUGCUCCUCAAGUGGACAGGGAGCUUACAGAGAAUGCUCAAGAUGUGGAGAUGUUUCUGGCUCAGCACGGGCACAGCUACACCAAGAUCAGCUUUACUUUUACCAUUGAAUCUGUGACCCUGUCGCUACUCACAAGUGCACAAGGGGCAAAGGAAUCGUUGCUCUAUGAGGAUGAAUCCAUGGAGAGCCUGACGUCGUCUUCAUUCAAGGAGCUGUCCCCCCAACCAGGGACAAGUGAAGCUUUUGCCCUGCCUCGUGUAAGUCUCGGGGAUGCAAGAGGCAGCAGGAGAUCACUGCCCCAUGUGACAGGCAAUGUAGCUAUGCAAGAGUCAGGAUCAGUGGCCCAUGGCAGAGAGCUGGCUGAGUUCAGCUUGAAGGUGGUAACGCUAAAGGGAGAUAUGUGCUCAGAUGGAUCGCUUUCGGCCAAUUUGGUGCUGUUUGACUGUAUCCUGCAAGAUACAAGACCAGGUCAGGAGGGCCACAUCACACGAAUGAUGAGAAGGAAGCCACAGACAGGCAAGAAUGGCAUGAUAGACCUCACCUACCGCCAAGGGCCAUCUGGGGAUACCUUUAUUGACACGAGGAUUUCUGGCUUCGUGUUACUUCUGCAUCUUCCGUACCUGCUGAGAAUCCAGAGGUUUUUCACGGACAACCUGCCGCAGAAGCCCCAGGAACCUUCACCCCCUCCUCUAGCGGCUCCCAAGGCCAAGGAUUUCAAGAGGCAGAAGAGUGGCAUAAGCACCAUUGACAUGGAGAAACACACCGCCAAUCUGAUGACGGUUCGCUUCAGGGUGGAGCAGCCGGACAUUGCCAUUGUGAAGGAUGUCACCACGGAAGAUACUCACUGCAUCAUUAUGCAUGCUGAGGUAAAUGGAGAUUUAAAAACAACAGCAGCACAGCAAUCAGUUAAUGCCAGCAUCACAAAAAUACAAAUGUACACUUGCUGUUACAACCCAAGCCGGAGGAAGGAGACACUCUCUCAAAUUCUGAAUCCUUGUGAGAUUGGCUUUGUGAGCUCUUCCACGCCAAGCCAUGCACAGCACCUUGAUGUAACAAUCUCCCGCGUUGAUCUACGAGUGUCACCAAUCACCAUCGAACUGCUAAGCAGCCUCACAAUGGCACUAACAGCACUGGAGGAGCCGGAGAAAGCAGAGGUUGAAGAAAUCAAAGAGUGGUUCGAUUUGUGGGAUCCAAGACCACUGGACAUCUCUCAGUUUGACUUCCUUGCUGUGGAGGAAGCUUCUGAAGCCUUUGGGGAGGAGGCUAUGGAAGCCAUGUCACCCGUGAAGCAAGGACCAGGGGGGGAGCUGGCAGUGGUGGCGAUGGAGUGCUUCCUUGUGACAAUUGAAACUGGCGCGGGGACGUCUCCGAUCCCUCUCAUCAAGUUCCAGUCCAGUGUCACUCUAACUGCAUCAGGGUUCUUUUCCAAAAAGCUGAGUGUGAAUGGAGACUUGAGUAUUGAAUUAGCAUACUUCAAUUCACGCUUGGCUGUGUGGGAGCCACUCUUGGAACCUGUUGAGGUGGUGAACAGAUCUGCCUUUCCUGAUCAUGCACCAUGGAGUCUUCACUUCGAGAUGUCACAAGAAAUGGGAACUAAUGGGCCAAAGAGCCCAGGGAAGAGCGGCCCCACAUCUCCCGUUGUGUCACCAGAGAGUGAUGAAGUGGACUUCGAGGAACUGCAGGUACCACCUCCUGCCACCACAAUAUCUGUCACAGCAAAGGAUUCAUUACAUCUCACUGUCACUAAAACUUUCAUGGAAGUCUUGACCACCCUCUCCAAAGCCUUUGCUGAUGCAUAUAAAAGAAAUUUGACAGCAAGAGACACGCAUCUUGCCCCCUAUCGCAUCAUCAACCAGACUGGAAAGAAUGUCAGUGUUGCUGUGAGACAAUCUGGAUUUCAGGUGGCUGCAGAAGGAGGGGAGAAUGUGGAAGAAGUGAUGGUUGAGUCAGGUGCAGAGGUUGAUCUGUUUGAAUUAGCACCACAGACCCCCAAGCACAAGAGGGUAGCAUCCCUGGUGGCCGACUACCAAGCUGUCCAGGACCGCAGCAUUACAUUCAGAAUUGCUGACCUAGGGUGUCAGUGCACAAUUCCAGUUAGCCGUGCAGAUAAGAGGUACUUCCAAGUUGAACACACACGCGGUGGAGAUAAAUGGGGACUCGUUGCAGCCAUAUCUGUUGAAAGUGGCUGUAAGAUCAUCACUCUCAGCUCUUGUGUACAGAUAACAAACCACUUGGAUGUAACGGUGGAAGUUUACUAUAUGAAUGAACGAGGUAAUGAAGUGGUGCACGUAGUGUCCCUCAAACCAGGCGAAAUGGCGUCUUUACCUCUACAUGCAGUUUACACUUUAACUGCAGAACUUUUCUUCUCAGUGGAAGGGCACUCUGUGUGUAUCAUACCAUUCAUAUGGAGAGAUCUUCAGAAUUCUCCAGAUUUGGUACAAGAACUCCAGUGUGUACCAAGAGAUGUGGAUGAGUAUCAUUCUUCACCCUUCUUUAUUGCUGCAAUAGGAGAUGUUGAGCAGAUUUUGUGGCAGAACACUUCUCGGCGCACUAUGACGAGUGCAUUGUACAAGAUCCACCUGAAGCCAAAAGUGGUUCUCCACAACUUGCUUCCAGUGCCUGUCUCAGUAGAGCCGCCUGGCACCAUGUGUACUAACGUUCUCAUGCCAGGUGCUUCAGUUCAGCUGACAAAAGCUCAGCUGGGAAUGUCAUAUCUCAACCUCCAGAUUCUAAACUAUCAAGGAUGCGACUGGGUGUGUGGCAAACCCCUGGCAGAGAAGCCGCAGGAACUUAGCGUGUGGACCUUUGAAUCCCGGGGGGACAUCAUGGGCGGGCCGCUACAGCUUGACCUCGGCAUGAUGGCCUCGGCACCAGGUUCUACCAUGACCCUCAAUCUCUACUGCCCGUUCUGGAUGGUCAACAAGACGGGGCUUAUGCUGACCUAUAGGAAAUCUCGCAAAGUUGAGCGUGCAUCUCUGUCCUCCCCACCUGAAUCCCCGAGCAAUACCCUUCAGAGCGAUGCACCCAGCAACUAUGUGGUCCACGAAGAAGGCAACGGAGAAGCUGUCAUGUUCUCUUUCAAGUCCAAGGCAUUCUUUGGCAAGAAGAAGGUGACGGUGAAGGUGGAGGACAGUGAGUUUUCCGAGAAGUUCUCCCUCGACGUCGUGGGCAGCUCUGGUUCGGUCAGCUGCAAGUCACCAAGCAGGACGUACCAAGUAGGAGUUGACAUUCAGCUCGGGAAUUCUGGCCUGACGAAAAUUGUGGUCUUUACACCAUUUUACAAGAUCCUCAACAAGGCUCCAUUUGACUUGGAGGUUAUGGAGGCUGAGUUUCCACAUGCUGAAUGGUUUACUGUGCUUUCUGGAGAGUGCAUUGGAUGGUGGCCAAUAGGAAAUGGAAGACGCAUUCAUGUGAGAAUAAGGGGAACCACUGAAAUGACAGCGGCUUUGCGUUAUGACCAACCCCUCUCAACUCUUCUCUAUAUACCUAACAAGUACGGAGGCAUCACUGCGGAGGUGAACCUGAUGGAUGGAGGAGCUAUGGUGCAGUUGGACCAGUUCUCAGAGGGCAUGUCACCCGUCCUGAUCAUAAAUCAUCUCACCAACACAACUGUCUCUCUCUGGCAGCACAAUAAUGAUAACAAGAAAGUCCAUGUGAAACCCCAGUCCAUACAGCACUAUACAUGGAGUGAUCCUGGAGAUUCACUUCAGUUGGUGUGGGCUUGCGGGGCUGGGAAGACCACGCAGCACUCACUAGACAAGGAUGAGCGUGGUCAGAUGAAUGAUGAUACAGUCCACUGGGUAGUGUUCCUCUUUGGAAACCAGCGGUGUUUGCUCUUCACGGAUGAAAUUGAGAUUGCCACAGCUGCCUUAAAUGCUGUCGAGUCAGAACGCAUUAACCAGGAACUGAAGUUCUCACUAAGCAGCAUAGACCUUUCAUUAGUUGAUGAUGUUAAGAAGAAGGAAGUUGCAUACAUGAGCUUGGCGAGCUCUGGUGUUGUGUGGGAAUACCGCAAAAUCAAGGGCAGAAAGUACCGUCCCUUCACACAGAACCAGACGAAUGAACUGGAAGUCUGCCACAACUUGUAUCAGGCUCAGCUAAAAACAUUCUCAGGAGGUGCCCCUAUUCAGUCAUACUAUGUGAUAAGAGAUAAUUUUGAGGUGGAUUUUGAAAGCAUGAGAAUUCUCAAACCUUUCCACAAAAACAUUCGAAGGACAUUCCAGCCUGGGAUCUGGUUUGAGCUGCGAACAUCGCCCCACCAACGACAGAUCCAUCUGAAAAUUAACAGCCUUCAGAUUGACAACCAGAUGACAGAUGUGAUGUUCCCAGUUGUAUUAGCAAGAGUUCCUCCCCCUAGAAGUGUCAUGGCUGAGACAGUUGCCAAGCCAUUCUGUGAAGUUAGCAUCGUGCAGAGACUCACCUCGCCAAGCUUCUCUCAGUACAAGUAUCUGGCAAUGCUCAUACAAGAAUUUCACCUUAAAGUUGAGCUGCCUUUUGUAUAUGCCGUCCUAGAGGUGCUUUACCCAUCGAAUGAUGUCUCAGACAAUCUUUAUUCGAUGGAAGAGUUUGAUGAGGAUAACAAACUUGUUCGGGAAACCUUGACUAUGAGGGCCCAAAGCCAAGCUAUCAGUGGUCAGAAGGACUACUAUGACCUUUUGCAUCUUUCUCCUAUUAAAAUGCACCUUAGCUUCUCCUUGAGUGGGUCGGAGUCAGGAGCCAGUCUGCCUGUGGGAGGUCAGGUCAUUCACCUCUUCCUGGAGAGUGUGGGAGUGACCCUGACUGAGGUCCAGGAUGUUGUUUUUAGAUUAUCGUACAUGGAGCGCCAAAAUAAGUGGAUGACGUGGGGCCAGCUCACACAGGAGAUGAUUAGCCAUUACAGAGGACAGUUCCUAAUGCAGCUCUUCAAAGUUGUGCUUGGGCUGGAUGUCAUCGGCAACCCUUAUGGACUUGUCGUGGGCUUGACGCAUGGGGUGGAGUCCCUAUUUUAUGAGCCUAUUCAGGGUGCAAUUGAAGGCCCAGGAGAGUUUGCAGAGGGAAUGCUGUAUGGACUAACCAACUUCAUGGGAGCAACGGUUGGUGGUGCGGCUGGGGCUGUGUCUCGCAUCACAGGAACUAUUGGCAAGGGGGUUGCUGCCCUGACUCUUGAUGAUGACUACCAGAGGAGGAGAAGGGAAGCAAUGCACCGCAAACCUGCUGAUGGAAUUGAAAGUCUUGCCAGAGGAGGCAAGGGAAUGGUUACGGGUGUGUUUGAUGGAGUGACCGGAGUGUUCCUAAAGCCCAUUGAAGGGGCCAAAAAGGAAGGUGUGGAAGGGUUCUUCAAGGGAAUGGGCAAGGGCAUGGUUGGCCUGGUUACUCGACCAGCCUCAGGCGUCAUCGACUUUGCCAGCGGGUCGUUUGACGCUGUUAUGAGGGCAACAGAGGCAGGUGAAGAGACUGUUAGCCGUAGACGGCCUUCGAGGUUCAUAGGCCCAGAUAAUGUUGUGCGACCAUAUGUGCAACAUUUUGCUGAGGGAGCCAGGCUACUACGUGAAUUGGAGAAAGGUCGUUACGCUGAAACAGAUGUGUAUGUCGGCCAUGCCAUCAUCACAGAGAAUCGCUCUAUGCUCAUCGCCACAGACAAGAGGAUAAUGUGUAUAACAAGAAAUGACAUCUUGGGCCACUGGAAGGUUGACUGGCUUCAUGUGUAUGAGGACCUGUCAGAACCACCAUUCAUUACUCCCAAGGGAUUGCGUUUAUCUGUCCGACAAGAGAAGAAACGCGUAUUAGGUGUGUUUGGUGGUGGAGACAACUCAAAGCUAGUCUCACUUAAAGAUCCUGAGGAGGGCAAAGUAAGUUUCCAAAGUAGAGGCUCUUCUCUAAAUGUGAUGCACAGUAGACAGCAUGGAUGUACAAUGCACGGUGUACCUCCAGUUCCACCCACCUCCACUGGUCCUAGUAGCACACAUAGUCUUCAUUCUAGCUCGUUCACACCCAAAAGAUCAAGCUCUAGCUUGGCUGGAGAACAACCGAGGCAAACCCAGAGGCGAAGAGGUCUUUUUGGUGUGUUGGGAGCCCUUAGCACAGGUGUGUUACAAGCUGGGAGAGGUGUAAGCCAGGGCAUUUCUCAGCUUGGCAAUAUUGGCUCACAGGGGAGAGGAUCUACACCCAGGAGCGAGGUCUGGGGUCAUGUGGAAGAAGGAUUCGAAGUGAUCCCAAAUUCUGCUGAAGUAUCAGCUCCCUACAAGCAGGUGGCAGAAGACAUUGUCAACUAUGUUCAGGUUCCAUGUGAGAGCUUGGAGAUGCAGGCAUUCCUAACUGCAGUGAUUGAAGCUUACCAGAAGACAAAGGGCUCCAAAUAGGAACAUCACAUCUUGCAGGGCGUUGCAGAUGCAUCCUACGACCUGGCGGGAGGAAUGGACACUCACGAUCCUACUUUGUCUCUUGGGUCUUGGACAGAUCCUUCGCCUUAAGCAGUUAUUGAUAGCCAAUAUUUCAGAGAACGAAAAACAAAAAAAGUAAACCUGGUGUAAGGAUACGAUCUUAAUUGCCUUGAAGUAUCAGAGAAAGCCCGUCAUGGAACAUUACCCAAUUUUCAGAACUAUUUGCAUGUUGUACGGUGAGUGGGCAGGGAAUUCCAAUACCAUAGGUAACGGUGUGCUUGUAAAAAUUCACAAAUCUUUAGGGACCUUCACAUAAAAGCUGUCAAGUUUUUAUCAAAGCUUUGCAGUGGGUUAUCAUCAGGGAUGUUUAGCAACAAGCUUAAAUUACAGCCUUAGAUUACCUUUUUUUACAUGAAUUCACAUGCUUUCAUUAACAUUACAUUAGAUCAGUGCUUUUCCAAUUUUAUAUUAAACCAAGUGCUGUAAUAUAUCAAAGUUUUUUGCAUUGGUUAGUGGUCUGCAAACUAUCUGCUAUGCAUAAUACCAUGAUUACAUACAUUUACCAGUUGCUGUUUUGUGAAAUUCUUGUUCUGUGAUUAAUACAUGUGCAUCUCUUAUAUGGCUGGAAGAAUAUUUUAUAUUAUUUUUAGAUAUACAGAAGAGAACAUGAAACUUGCAAAUACAUGAUAAAUAGCAUGAAUUUAUGUAAAUAUUUACCACUAUUGCUGUUACAGGUAAAUGCUUUGUCUCUUGCAACUAGAACCUACAAUAUGUUUUUUUGCUGCCUAGCAUUACAAAAAAACAGUAGGGUCUUUGGGAGUGGCAGUGAUUGUUUUCACCGAACUAGUUGCCCCAUGUGUAAUUAUUGCAUAUUUUUACCAUAUUCUGAAAAUACAUGUGUGGCUCUUGGUCAUAAAAUCUUGUAGUAUAUUGAUUUUGUUCAUGUCAUUCAGGUACUCAAGGCAAUGUUUAUUCUGUGUUAAAUUGACUUAUUGAAUAAGUAUUGAGAUCUUUUUCAUUUCUGUUAUUAGGCUCACCUUCUACUUAUAAUGAUGGUCUGUCAUAUUUUUCACAAAGGUAAUAGGAAAAGAUAUUCUCAAACAGAAUAACUCACAUAGCAAAAACAUACAUGAUAAAGAAUAGUUGAUAAUGAUUGCAUAACCACAGUGUUGAAUGAAAAUGUUAACAGAAUGAAUCUUUAAAAACAUCCUAGAUGUCUGAAAAGGAUUAUAAGAUUUAACUAGUAAUUACCACAAUAAAUGAAAUAUAGAGGCGUCUCCAUCAUUAAGGCAUUAAUGAAGUAAUAAAUCAUUGUGAUAAGUGAAAACCUGGAAAUUUUCAUGAAUUUAAUUAGAAACCAAAGAAAGAGUUAUGUCAUGAGGUAUAUAUUUUCACUCUACUUAGAUGCACAUUCAGGGAAUAUGUUGUGAUCCAGACAGCACUGCAUAGAGAACUUGAAUGAAAAAUAAUGUUCUUUGUAUGUCUUGUUUCCCUUUGGUGUGUUUAUAGUUUUAUAUGUUGGGUUCCAAUGUUAGGUAUGUGACUUAAAUUUUUGUUGUUGUUCAAAAUGAAGAGUACUCAUAAUACCAGAAAUACCACAGAACAGUAUAUGGGUGUUUCUUAAGGUUUCUCUCUGUGCUGCAACUUCUUCCUCAGACCAAUGGAAUUUUGUUUCCACCCUUCAAGAAAAAUUGAAGCUUACCUAUUUGCAUGGGGAAUAGGAUAGCCUCAUGACAGAGACAUGACUAGAAUGUGAUAUUAUGGAAGUCUGGUUUAUGUUUGGUGUAGGUU